GUGGUGGCCCGGUCAUUCCGUACUCGGUACGCCCGGCAAUUAUGCGGGGACGCCAAACAGCAGACUCCGAGCCCGCAAAUGGAUAUUACGGUGGGAAGAUUGAAACGCCAGCGCGAAGCUUUUGAAAUUGGGGGAAAAUGGGGUGACCUCGUUCCCGCCAAAUCCAACCCCAGUGAAAGACAACGGAAAUCAAUUAUUUCCCCAGGGGCUUUGCUCACACAACAGUUAAAGAAUGGAAUACUCACAGGAGUUCCCAUUACACAUGCGGCCUACCGAUGACGCUGCUUAACGCAAAACGGCCGCGCGGCAAACGGAGCGAGCGCUCGAGAACAGUGCAAGAAUCCAUGGGAUUUUGAAAAAGCACGUAACGAAGAGCUAGCUAGCGAAGGUCCGUGGGUCGCGUCAAAAGGUUCCCGGCGGGCGCUGGAAGACGGAAAGGAAGUCACAGAAGUUCGGACGCCUCAAACUUUACGAAAGAAAACCCUCUUUGUGCAGCUGAUCUCAGAUGGAAGCAGAACCUGCAAAACAGCAUGUGUAUACU